UAGACAAUCUAGUAUAUCUAUCCUACGUGCGCAGCGCACACAAUACAUACUCGAUCUAGAUAUUACUACCCAGAUCAUAAUACGUACUCGAUCAUUGAUCGAUCGAAUCCAUGGCGCCGGCGGCGGUGCAACAGCAGAUCCUCCUCCCGGACUUUAUGCUAGAGGAAAUCUUUGCGCGGCUGCCGCGCAAGGCGUUUCACCGUUGCCGCUGCCUCUCCCGCGCCUGGGCCUCCACGCUGUCCUCCUCCGACUCCAUCGACCGCAACCUUGCCGCUCGAGGCAAGAUGCGGCUGGACUACCAUGAUCUCAUGAAGUCCUUGGUAUUCGGGUGCUGCGUUCCCUGCGGCGCCGACAAAUAUAACGAGAUCGGGAUCGAUGUGGACGGUGAGCUCUCCGAGGAAGAAGAAGAAGAAGAUAUCGAUACGAGAGAGGAGUACCGCACGAGAGGCUAUGUGGAGGUGGACAAAGACUACCGCAUCCAAAUGGCCGAGAUGCAGGCGAUGCUCCACGAACGCCAGCUAAAGUUUGAAGAGAUCUUCCCUGACUUCAGCCACCACGAUCGCGACAUAAUUCCAUACGGCGCUCUCCAUCCUCGGAUCCGACAGCCAUUACUGGAAGAAGAAGUAGCAGGUCCCUCGUCGAAUUCCUUGGGCGGACAAGGCGAAACAGAAGUAUGCAUCAACUUCAUGCCGAUUCGUGGUCGCCAGAAGACGGAAGAGGAGGUCGACCAAGAAAUCAUCGCUUUCCUGAGGGGAUGUCUCGCUAUGGACCCAAAGCCACAGUUCUUAAAGGAGCUUGAUACAUACCGGUGGACAGCUGAGCAGGACUCUGAAUCUGAUGACGACAUUAUUGGGCACGGAGACUACUAGGAGGAUUCUGAGGAUUGCUGCCGACUUCUAAAUCUAAACUUACCUAUUUAUACGUCUCUCUAGCUAUUUAUAUAAUAGAUUUCCUCCAUUUUAUGAAAUUUAUCUUAAACUUUAUCUAAAUCUGGGUGUAUCUAAGACAAGUUUCGAUACAUUCAAACUGAGAUAAAGUUAAAAUAAUUUCCAUGGGAUAGAGAAAAUAUAAGAUAUGUCUAUCUAUAGUUAUUUAUACGGCAGCAACUAUGCAACUGCAUGUGCAAGUUCUACCUUAACUACAAGCAUGUAUUUAUCUUCAUUUCGAUAAAGGAAUAUAUUGAU